CUACCGCCCGGCCGAGCGUCUGAGCCGCCCCGGCCCGGAGCGCAGGCGGCGAGGCCACCGCACCUGCAGCGUGCUCGGGCUGCCGAGCCGGCACCUCGCCUCCUGCCGCCCGACCUCCUUCUCCCCACGCGCCGGGUCUCCCAUGACGCCCGAGCUCCCCGGCCGGCGACAAUGACCACUUCCCUGCAAGAUGGGCAGAGCGCCGCGGGUCGGGCGGCUGCCCGGGACUCGCCGCUGGCCACCCAGGUGUGCGGCGCUGCCCAGGGGAGGGGCGACGCCCGCGACCUGGUGCCGGCACCCUGGCUUCACGCGCGGGCGCUCCUGCCCCCUCCGGACGGGACCCGCGGCUGUGCUGCAGACAGGAGAAAAAAGAAAGAUCUUGAUGUUCUGGAAAUGCCAUCUAUUCCAAACCCUUUUCCUGAGCUAUGCUGCUCUCCAUUUACAUCUGUGUUGUCAGCAGGCCUGUUUCCCAAAGCAAAUUCAAGGAAAAAACAGGUAAUUAAAGUAUACAGUGAAGAUGAAACCAGCAGGGCUUUAGAGGUACCCAGUGACAUAACUGCCCGAGAUGUUUGCCAGCUGUUGAUCCUGAAGAAUCAUUACAUUGAUGACCACAGCUGGACUCUUUUUGAGCACCUGCCUCACAUAGGUCUAGAAAGAACAAUAGAAGACCACGAGCUGGUGAUUGAAGUGCUAUCUAACUGGGGAAUGGAAGAAGAAAAUAAGCUAUACUUUAGAAAAAAUUAUGCCAAAUAUGAAUUCUUUAAAAACCCAAUGUAUUUUUUUCCAGAGCAUAUGGUGUCUUUUGCAACUGAAACCAAUGGUGAAAUAUCCCCCACACAGAUUUUGCAGAUAUUUCUGAGUUCAAGCACAUAUCCUGAAAUCCAUGGCUUCUUACAUGCAAAAGAACAGGGAAAGAAGUCCUGGAAAAAGAUUUACUUCCUUUUAAGAAGAUCCGGUUUAUAUUUUUCUACUAAAGGGACAUCAAAGGAACCACGGCAUUUGCAGUUUUUCAGCGAAUUUGGCAAUAGUGAUAUUUAUGUGUCACUGGCAGGCAAAAAAAAACAUGGAGCACCGACUAACUAUGGAUUCUGCUUUAAGCCUAACAAAGCAGGAGGGCCUCGAGACCUGAAAAUGCUCUGUGCAGAAGAAGAGCAGAGUAGGACGUGCUGGGUGACCGCGAUUAGAUUGCUUAAGUAUGGCAUGCAGCUGUACCAGAAUUACAUGCAUCCUUAUCAAGGUAGAAGUGGCUGCAGUUCUCAGAGUAUAUCACCCAUGUUCCAGGUCCUUGAAAAGCAUACUGCUCUCCAGGAAACCCAAAAGAUGCAAGCCAAAAUACAGAGAAGUAUAUCAGAGAAUUCCCUGGUAGCAAUGGACUUCUCAGGCCAGAAAAGCAGAGUUAUAGAAAAUCCCACUGAAGCCCUUUCAGUUGCAGUUGAAGAAGGACUAGCUUGGAGGAAAAAAGGAUGUUUACGCCUGGGCACUCAUGGUAGCCCCACUGCAUCUUCACAGAGCUGUGCCACAAACAUGGCUAUCCACCGGUCCCAACCAUGGUUUCACCACAAAAUUUCUAGAGAGGAAGCUCAGCGAUUGAUCAUUCAGCAAGGUCUAGUGGAUGGGGUUUUCUUGGUACGGGAUAGUCAGAGCAACCCCAAAACUUUCGUACUGUCAAUGAGUCAUGGACAAAAAAUAAAGCACUUUCAAAUUAUACCAGUGGAAGAUGAUGGUGAAAUGUUCCACACCCUGGAUGAUGGGCACACAAGAUUUACGGAUCUAAUCCAGCUGGUGGAGUUCUAUCAACUCAAUAAGGGCGUUCUUCCUUGCAAGCUGAAACAUUAUUGUGCUAGGAUUGCACUUUAGCCAAACAAGAAGUGACUUGUUAAACUGCUGAAGAAAAAGGACUCAAGAAAAAGAAAGACCAUAAAUAAGGGUGAAAGCAUUGCCAUGGUGAAAAGAAUCUAUUUCUCUUACAAGUUACAAAAAAUAGUUUGUGCAUUACAAAUAAGUAAAGAUUUGGAUUGACAUUACCUUCAUCAUUGAAAUAUUAAUUAGUUAAAAUUAAACCUCCGAAAAAAAAUAA